AUAUCCCCUUGCUCAUUAUGUCUUGACUGUUAUCGUAUACAGUCGGGCUGGGAUUGACGACUCCAAGAAGUGGGGAAUGUUGUUUCUCAUCAAUCAGCUCUUCAAGAUCUACUUCAAGAUCAACAAGCUACACCUGUGUAAGCCACUGAUCCGGGCCAUCGACAGCUCCAACCUGAAGGAUGAUUACAGUAUGGCCCAGAGAGUCACCUACAAAUACUACGUAGGCCGCAAGGCCAUGUUCGACAGCGACUACAAACCAGCCGAGGAGUACCUGUCCUUCUCCUUCCAGCACUGCCACCGCUCCAGCCAGAGGAACAAACGCAUGAUCCUCAUCUACCUACUGCCUGUCAAGAUGUUGCUGGGUCACAUGCCUAAUCACCAGCUGCUCAGGAAGUACGACCUCAUGCAGUUUGCCGACGUCACGAAAGCUGUGAGUGAGGGCAACCUGCUGCUGUUGAACGAGGCCUUGGCCAAGCACGAGACCUUCUUCAUCCGCUGUGGCAUCUUCCUCAUCCUCGAGAAGCUCAAGAUCAUCACCUACCGGAACCUCUUCAAGAAAGUGUACCAGCUGCUGAAGACUCACCAGUUGCCCCUAGAUGCCUUCCUGGUAGCUCUGAAAAUGAUGCAGGUGGAAGAGGUGGACAUUGACGAGGUGCAGUGUAUCCUGGCCAACCUAAUCUGUGAGGGUCACAUCAAGGGCUACAUCUCUCACCAGCACCAGAAACUGGUCGUCAGCAAGGCCAAUCCAUUCCCCCUGCUGUCAUCAUCUUCCUAAUCUACGUAUCCCAGAAUCCCCUUCACCCAGGAACUGUUCCCAGAAAUAUAUUUCCUUAUUAUUUAGGUUGCAUUUUAUUUUGUCAUAUUUUAUACAUUUUGAAUAAAAGUUUUGUUGUUUUA